UUUGUGCAAAGGGCCCCAACAAGCACGAGCGAAUCCAUCGCACACACACAAGAGACAACAGGAGAAACCCGGCAAGCGAGCUAGAUGCAGCGGGCGGCCGCCUCGCUCUCGUCCUCGCGCGCCGCGGCCUGGGCGGCGGCCGCCUCUUCGCGCCAUGCCGCCGGCGCCUCCUGCUCCGCCGCCGCUGGCCGCCGCGAGAACACCAUGGCCCCGCCGCCUCUCCGGAUUCUCCGCGGCCAGCAACUGCUCCCCCUCCUGCCGCUGCUUUCGGGGAACAGGGCCCGGCGCGCGGUCACCGCGAGCGCUGCUGCUGCGGCGGAGCUCCCGGCGGGGGACGACGCGGCCGCGGGCGGCAUUGCGGGCGCGGUGGAGCUCGGCGCCAUGAUCGUCGCCUGGUACCUCCUCAAUAUCUACUUCAACAUCUACAACAAGCUGGUCCUCCAGGCAUUGCCGUUCCCCUACACCAUGACGGCCUUCCAGCUCGGCUUCGGCUCCCUCGUCAUCUUCUUCAUGUGGGCCGCCAGGCUCCACCCGGCGCCCAAGCUCUCCGCCGCACAGCUGGCGAGGAUCGCGCCGCUGGCCGCGGGGCACAUGCUGGGCACGGUGUUCACCAACAUGAGCCUGGGCAAGGUGGCUGUCUCCUUCACGCACACCGUCAAGGCCUCCGAGCCCUUCUUCACCGUCCUGCUCUCCGCCUUCUUCCUCGGCGAGACGCCUUCGCUGCUGGUGCUGGGCUCCCUGGUGCCGAUCGUCGGCGGCGUCGCCCUGGCAUCUUUGACCGAGGUUUCUUUCAACUGGGUCGGGUUCUGGAGCGCCAUGGCGUCGAAUCUGCUCAACCAGACAAGGAACGUCCUCAGCAAGCGGCUCCUCGGCGGCCAACAGGAGGAGGAAUCCAUGGACGACAUAAACCUCUUCUCCGUCAUCACCGUGCUGUCCUUCCUCAUGUCCUGCCCCCUGAUGCUGCUCGCGGAAGGGGUCAAGUUCUCCCCAGCUUACCUCCAGAGCACCGGCCUGAACCUCCCGGAGCUCUGCGUGAGGGCAGCGCUGGCCGGCCUCUGCUUCCAUGGUUACCAGAAGAUCUCGUACAUGAUCCUAGCGAGAGUGUCUCCCGUGACGCACUCUGUCGCCAACUGCGUGAAGCGCGUGGUGGUCAUCGUGUCGUCUGUUCUCUUCUUCAGGACUCCCAUCUCGGCUGUCAACGCACUGGGAACUGGCGCGGCAUUAGGGGGAGUUUACCUCUACUCUAGGCUGAAGAAAAGUAAACCCAAGAGUAUAUGAAGAUUGACCUCAGUUUACACUUUACAGUAGUUGUUUCCAAACACGAGAUUUUGUGGCAGAGAAGAUUAGGUCCAGAUAUUGACAGGAAAUGUACGUACUACUUGCCAGUUGCCGCCCCCAGUUGUACACUCGUACUACAGGCUACAGCAGUUUCUUAACGUGAUAGCAAGAACAUUUUAUUUUCGGUCUGAAAAAUUGUAGCAUCCUCCUGGAAUAAUCAAAUGAGAGAUGCAUCAUC